AUGGACUUUUCAAUACCUCCACACUUACCUUCUGAGGUACAGGAAAGGCUGAAUGAAAUGAUUAAUGAUUACAAAGAAGAAAAUUUAACUAAGAAAGGUUAUCAAAUUAAAAGAAAAAGAUUGUUGGAAAAAUAUAAAUAUUCUGGCACACCUAGUAUCAAUGAGAAGAAAUCUGUCAGUAACAUACGAAAGAAUACUAUACGUAUUCCAGGGAGAAACCAAAGUUUAUCAUCUACAAUGGAUGUAUCGAAGUAUGCAGGAACAAUUCCAGAUAAUGUUUCAAUAAUAUCCUCUAGUCGAUCGCAUCGAGACACUGGUUCUGAUCAUGCCAGUUCGAUAUAUAAAGUUACAACUGUAAAUUCUACACCUAAUAGGAUUAGUCCAUUAAAACGUCAUGGUAGAAAUUAUUCUACUCAAUUAUCCUUGGCAUCAUUUGAUCCAUUAGCAGAGAAUUCUGUAUAUAACCCAAUGAUCCCAUUGUUACAAAGGGAUGGUAUAAUUAAAACAGACUUAACCACAAAAUACAAAGAUUACAAUAUACGAUCAUUGUCAUUACCACAAAUUUUAAGAGGAAGAUUCGAACUAUUUGGUAAAGAAAAUGCAUUAAUAACUGUGGACGCAAAGGGUAAAGAAAAUUUCAUUAGUUGGGAUAAAUUGUAUCUUCGAGCUGAAAAGGUAGCUCAUGAAAUGACUAAAAAGAAAUUAUAUAAGAACGAAAAAGUGAUACUAUGGUAUAAUAAAGAUGAAAUUAUUGAAUUCUCUGUUGCAUUGCUAGGUUGUUUCAUUGCCGGGAUGGUAGCAAUCCCUGCUUCAUUUGAAGCAUAUACGUUAGGUGAAAUCAUGGAAAUUAUAAAAUUAACGAGUUCAAAGUUUAUCCUCAUAUCAAACGAAUGCCAUAAACAGGUCAAUAAUUUAUAUUCAACAAACAAUAAUACCAAGAUAAAAUUACUAAAGAAUGAUUUUUUCGAAUCUGUGACUUUUUUAAAAACUGAUGAUCUUGGAACAUAUUCAAAGGCAAAGAAGGCUGCACCAACGUUCGAUACACCAUACAUAGCGUACAUUGAAUUUACGAGGACACCAUUGGGUAGAUUAUCUGGGGUCAUGAUUAAACACGAAACUUUAUUAAGUCAAUUUAAAGUGUUAUCAGAAAUACUAGAUUCAAGAACGAUGCCAGAUUGGAAAAAAGUUGAUAUUAUCAAACCUUAUAAUGUGAAACAUAGACUAACAUCGGUUAAUAUGAGAUCCCUUUCAAGAUUUACAGUUAUGAACACACUAGAUCCAACAAGGUCUACAGGUUUAAUAUUUGGGGUUUUGUUUAACAUUUUUACCGGUAAUCUAUUAAUAUCUAUCAAUGAUCAAUUAAUCAAUAAACCUGGGGGAUACGAAAAUUUAAUCAAUAAAUAUAGGGCAGACAUAUUACUAAAUGAUCAGCUACAACUAAAACAAGUUGUGAUUAACUAUUUGGAAAAUCCUGAAGUAAUCAUGGCUGAAAGGAAGAGAACCAAGAUCGAUUUCAGUUGCAUAAAAUGUUGUUUGACCUCAUGUACAACGAUAGACACCGAUACAACUGAAAUGGUUGUUCACAAAUGGUUAAAGAAUUUGGGAUGUAUUGACGCACCCUUAGUUUAUUCACCGAUACUGAGUUUAUUAGAUUUCGGCGGUAUAAUUAUCUCAACGAAAGACCAACUAGGUGGACUAGAGAAUUUUCCAAUUCACGAGUCCAAAUUAAGACUUCAGGAUGAACUAUUCGUCAACAGAGAAAAGCUAAAAGAAAAUGUUGUUGAAGCUAGCAUUACUGCAAUGAUCAAUUCAUCGAGUUCGUUCAAAGAUUACCUUAAAGUGGAGACUUUUGGAUUUCCGCUACCAAACACAUUAUUAUGUGUUGUGAAUCCUGAUAAUGCAACAUUAGUUCCAGAUCUUACUGUUGGUGAGAUCUGGGUAUCUUCAACAGAUUUGGUAGGUGAGUUUUUCCAACUUGACAAGAUUAAUGCAUUCGUUUUUGGUGCAAAAUUAAACUACCCUAAAAUGCAAAGUUAUGUUUCAAAAAAUCGCAGUACAAGUGAGUCACUCUUAAGAAAUGUUGCGGAAGAGAAGUUAGAAACGAUUAUGAACUUAUGUCCCGUAGAGACUCAAUUUAUGAGAACUAAAUUAAUGGGGUUUGUUUUUAAUGGUAAAGUAUACAUUCUGUCUCUUAUAGAAGAUAUGUUUCUACAGAAUAAACUCGUCAGAAUGUCAAAUUGGGCACAUACAUCCGAUAUUACUAGAUCUAAGAAAGACUCUGACCAAACCUUGAAUAGAACACCUAGCAUUGCAACGAACGUUUCAGAUUCUGGAAACAAAAGUGUGGUUUCAAGUCCAAAUCAUCCUAAACCAAAUUCGGAUAAUCGUGUUGUACAAACAUAUUAUUUGCAACAAAUAUCAGAAACUCUGGUACGUACAGUCAAUACAGUUUAUGAGGUUGCUGCGUUUGAAUUAAACCACCACAAAGAGGAACAUUUUUUAGUUAUGGUCAUCGAAAGUUCUCUAGCAAAGAAGAAAAAGGAAAGUACAGAAAUCGAUCCGACAAGCGUUGUAACGGAAUACAAACCUGAUAAGGUUCUUGAAAAGAAAAUGAAUGAUCUAAUUGACCAACUUUACAGGAUACUAUGGAUUUUCCACAAGAUCAAACCAAUGUGCAUGCUGGUUGUUCCGAAGGGUACAUUGCCGAGAAGAUACUGUUCUUUAGAAAUUGCAAAUAGUACUGUCGAGAAGAAGUUUAUCAGUGGUGAGCUUGAAGCAAAAUUUAUUAAAUUUCAAAUGGACAAUAUCAUUUUAGAUUACAUCCCCCAUUCGUCCUAUUAUAACGAAAGUAUAUUUUCUGAACACCUGUCAAAAUUAAGACAACUUUGUGUGGAAGAGGAAAAUGUGUCUGGGAAGGUAAUCACCUUACAAGAUUCUGGUAUCGAUUACAGGGAUAUUUCUUAUGAUUCUAGAGAAAGGAAUAGAAAGUUAACUGAUUUUUCCUCUAUUAUGGAUGUUUUAGAAUGGAGAAUACCUACCCUAAAGAAUAAGGCGGCAUUCAGCGAACUCGGUGAAUCAUUUCAUUCAUCCUCGAAGACAUCAGAAAUGAUGAGUCUAAGAAGCAUAUCAUGGGCCAAUUUUGAGAUUAUUGUUGCCUCUUUCUUAAAGAAAAUCGUGUCGUCCAAGAACCCACUAAAGCCUGAGGACAGAAUUGUCAUUAUUGCAGAAAACAAUAUUGACUACGUAGCAAUAGUCAUGGCAUGUUUCUACUGUAAUUUUGUAGUUAUACCAUUACCCCCAUUGAAUGAGAAGAAUUUGGACAAAGAUUUGGUAUAUCUAACUGAGAUAAUCAAAACAUACAAGGUCAAAAGACUUUUUAUUGAUCUGAAAGUCCAUAUGCUCAUGGAUACGAGUCCUUAUAACAAAAUAUUCAAAAAAUAUAAACAUCUAUUGCCAAAAACAACACUGAUUUCCAAAAUUAAGAGAAAACAGGGUCUCUCCAUCAAAAUAUUUAAGAAAAUCCUACAUGACACAUAUUACUACAAACCAGGUAAAAAGACACUUGCUGUCCCACGACUUGUUUGGAUAGACAGGGAAUUUAGUUCCACCAAGGAUAUCCAUGUCACUAUGACACACUCAACUUUAAUGAAUAUGUGCAAAGUAUUGAAGGAGACAUUGCAACUAACUGCCGAUUCAUCCAUUUUCUCUCUUUGUUCACACACUAAAGGUUUGGGGUUUAUACUAAGUUCCUUAAUUGGUAUUUAUGUUGGUUCCAUGACAACAUUAUUUUCCUAUGAUACGGUUAUGGCUCACCCUAAGUAUUUCUUGAUGGAGGUUCAAAAUAAGAAUGUUCGGGAUCUGUUUUUAACAUUAGACACCUUCACAAUACUCAUGGACAAGGCUUCUAAACUCGUCGAUAGAGUAUCUAGGUCUAACACAGACGGUACAAAACAUCAAAGUAAGAGCGGCAAAAAGAAUGGUCAAACACAAAUUUCUACACUCAGAGCAGAUAUGUUCAGAAACGUGAAAAACAUCAUGAUUCCUUUUAUCGGACGUCCUGAAUUUAAUAGGAUUGAAAGUAUUUUAUUAAAUUCACAGUCCAUUUUUGUCAAAAGAACCCAGAUCAACUACAUAUACCAACAUCACUUCAACCCUAUCAUUUCUUUGCACUCUUACUUAGACGUUCCACCUGUAGAAUUUUUUGUUGAUCCAACUUCUUUACGUGAAGGUAUGGUAAGAGAGGCAGGUACGGGAUUCCAAGGUUUACGAUUGCAAGACUCGGGUGUGGUACCCGUAUGUACGAAUGUAUCCAUCGUAAAUCCUGAAACACAAUUGCCAUGUUAUGAGGGAGAAAUCGGUGAAAUUUGGUGUUGUUCUGAGGCUAAUGUUUUUAACUAUACGAUAUCCAAAGAUGGAAAAUUAGUUAGAGAUGAAUUAAUAUCACAACAAUUCAAGAGCCGUAUGGCUGAAGGGGCAGAUAAUGGUCUAACCUAUUUAAGAACAGGUGACCUAGGGUUUAUAAGGACAGUAGAAAUUACAAAUACCAAUGGGGAUUUAGUCAGAUUAAACUUAUUAUAUGUUUUAGGUAGGAUUAAUGAGACCAUCGAAUUAUUGGGACUAACACAUUUUGUAGGUGAUUUAGAGAGGACGGUUUUCUCUGCGCAUAGUUAUAUCACAAAUUGUAUUAUAUCGAAAGCAGGUGGGUUAUUAGUUUGCUUAUUGAAGUGUAGACCGAAAUGUUCAGAAUUAUAUGCCAAUAUCGCAGCACUUGUUGUGUCGGAGCUGUUGAAUAGGAACGGGGUGAUUGUAGAUCUCUGUACAUUUGUGAAAUCUAAUAGGCCAGGAUCAUACUCAGUCGAUGGUGAGUGGAAGAGAAAUCGUUCUACAAUAAUGAAUGACUGGUUUAGUCAAAAAUUACGCGUAGAGACACAAUUUGGUAUCAACUAUGGUGAGAAUAUAUCUAUGUAUCUGUUAUCUGACUUCAAUAAGGACAUUGUUAAAUAG